AUGGCAACCGUAGCGCUCCUCGGCACCUUUGACACUAAGCUGGAUGAAUUGUUGUUCUUACGAGAUCGCAUCGAGCGCAACGACGGCGUCAAAGCUCUCCUCAUAGACGUUGGUUGGAGGGCCGUUGACGCCGACGCUAUAUCCGUAACCCCAACAGAGCUCGUGUCGAGACAUGGCAGCACCCAAGAUGUGUCCCGGUUUGCCCGAGGCAAAUACAUAGAUUUCAUAUCUAGAUGCGCCUCCAGGGCCGUGAAAGAGCUCUAUCAACGCGGGGAAAUCGACGGUAUAGCCUCUGCGGGCGGGUCCGGCGGCACCUCGAUUGCAUCUGCCAUCAUGAAGGAUGUUCUUCCCAUCGGAUUUCCAAAAUUGAUUGUUUCAACAAUGGCAAGUGGCGAUACAAGAGCUAUUGUGGGCGAAACAGACAUCAUCAUGAUAAACCCAGUCGUCGACGUCGCUGGACUGAAUCAGAUUCUCCGAGACGUCCUCAGGAACGCAGGGGCCGCCAUUGGGGCCGCCGCACUCGCCUACGCAGCUUGCAGACUCAUUCCAGGCCAGCAAGAAUUGUUCACUCCAAAGAAGCGCGUGGGAGUCACAAUGUUCGGCGUGACGACCCCAGGUGUAAACGCCAUCAGAACGCACUUGGAGUCCAAGUACCCCGUCGAGACCUUUGUAUUUCACGCCACCGGCCACGGCGGCAAGGCGAUGGAGCGCCUCAUACGAGACGGCAAGCUCGACGGCGCCAUCGAUCUCACCACUACGGAGAUAUGCGACUUGGUCAUGGGUGGCAUCAUGUCUGCUGGUGAUGGGCGUCUGGACGCGGCGAUGGAAACCGGCAUCCCCUGCAUCAUCUCGCUUGGGGCGACAGACAUGGCAAAUUUCGGGCCUCGGGAUUCAGUUCCGGACAAGUAUAAGAGCCGCAAGCUGCUUGAGCAUAACCCCAUGGUGACUCUCGUGAGGUCUUCAAAGAGCGACUGCAAACAAAUUGGCGAGUUUAUGCUGAGAAAGCUCAGAAAGGCAGCUAGACCAGACAAAGUUGAGUUGUGGAUUCCGAAAGGUGGUGUGAGUGCGAUUGCAGUUCCGGGGGGGCCCUUUGCUGACCUCGAGGCCGACCAAGUUACGUUUGAUGUUCUGAGAGAAGGGCUCAAGGGAAGCAAGAUUAAGGUUGUCGAGGACGAGAGAGAUGUAAACGACGAAGGAUUCGCGCGGGAUAUUGCAGAGGCACUGAUUGCUGCAAUGGGUGUAUAG